CCUACAGCACGAUACACUGUAAGAUCCUUUGGAAUCAGGAGAAACGAGAAGAUUGCUGUUCAUUGCACCGUUCGUGGGGCCAAAGCAGAGGAGAUUCUGGAGAAGGGGUUGAAGGUGCGAGAAUACGAGUUGAGAAAAAACAACUUCUCAGACACUGGGAACUUCGGCUUUGGAAUCCAGGAGCACAUCGAUCUGGGGAUUAAGUACGAUCCCAGUAUUGGUAUCUACGGCUUGGACUUUUACGUGGUGCUGGGCAGGCCUGGUUUCAGCAUUGCUGACAAGAAACGCAGGACUGGCAACAUUGGGGCCAAGCACAGAAUUGGGAAGGAAGAAGCCAUGCGCUGGUUUCAGCAAAAGUAUGAUGGCAUCAUCCUUCCUGGUAAAUGAGCAGUUCCUGUUACCAAAAAAGUAAAUAAAAUUUUCUAACCCCUAA